AUGCUGAUACUUGGUUUGCCUAGUGAAAUCCAAUUCAUUAUUAUAUCUUAUAUUAAACAAGAUAACCACCUUGAUCUAGCACCACUCGCACAAACAUGCACAUAUUAUAACAAGCUAUUAUCUGAUAAGUUCAAUUGGAAACAUACAAUAAAACUAGUUCAGACCGAUGAUAAUGCACAACAAUAUCAGCUUGACUAUCUGAUGCUUGCAGUGAAUCGACAGUCCAGUAUGAACUAUAAUCAACUAUCAUCCAUAGCGAUCAAUGAUAAACAAUUGGCAAGACUGACAUUAAACAUUCUCAAGAAAUCAAGUCGAAACUUAAAAGUCAUUCAAGUAUGCUUACCCUUUGAACUUCAUGCAGAAUUAUACCAGACUCUCUCUUGCUUAGAUACACAACUGAUCCAUUUAUCGAUACGUGACUCAACAUGUGAAUAUAAGCGUGCCCUCAACAACGUCAAAUCAUGCCUAUUACCUUUAAUUCAAUCUCAAUCUACUCUACAGACCCUUGAUAUCCCAUCAUUUCCUUCACAUGAACUUUGCUAUCAGCACUAUCGCUUCCCAAAAUUGAAAUCACUUACGAUAGCUUUGAACCAUGACGUUAUCUGGUCCCAAUUUAAGAACAUGUUUCCAAAUCUGAUUGAGUUAACAUUUAUUAUUACCCAUCUAAGCCAACUUACACUUGUUAAAUCAUUAUUAUCUGAUGUCUCUUUAUUUCCCUGGUUCAAGCGAUUAUCAAUAGUCAGUCACGAACCUCUUAAACAGCACGUAUCAAAAGAAGAACUAAAGUCGAGUUUACUACAACUAGAAGGCUUACGCAGAAUAACCGCUGGCUGGGAUAUUAUUGCACUAUCGUAA